AACCCCAUAGAACCCGUCACCUCUGGCCUAGUGUGAUGCAUGUUCUAACAGUCUUGUGUUCCUCUAUCUCAGCAUUUGUCCGCCAGGACGCCCUGCCUCUGGGUUCUUUCUCCAAGUAUACCUGGCACAUCACCAACCUCAUGCACGUCAAACAGAUCUUUGAUACACCAGAGCUGCCCUUGAAGCUGACGCAGAGUUUCGUGAGGAACAGUGACAGCUCCUACUCACCCUUCACCUGCCCGGAGGUCCCUGCCGAACCCCUGGCAGAGGCAUUCGGCCGGACAGACCGGCCCCAGGCCAUCCGACCCCACGAGCUGCACACCUUUCUUAAAGUGGGCAUCUGUUCUCCAGGGCAGAAGGAGCCGACGCCGUUCGUGAUUGAGUGGAUUCCCGACAUCCUGCCCCACUCCAGGGUGGGCGAGCUGCGGCUUCGCUUUGAGUACGGACACCAGCCCACUAGCCCGACGGAGCACUGAGACUGCACUGAUACAUUACAGAGUACUGGUCUGACACUAGCAGAGACUCAUAAACCUCAAUCUCAGCCCACAGGGCUCAAAUUCUUCAAGCGAUUGUCUCGACUAUGCAGGUAUUUUUUGGAGCUGCAGUGGUUAAGUAUACCCACAAGGGGGUGAUGUUUCUCAGAACCUAUCCUGGUAUAGGUAGAGCAAAUGAUUUAUUCCAAGUUAGGAAAUCAGUGGCAUAAACUGGAAACAUCUAUACAUGGGUGGAUGUAUGGUUAUGGCACCUUAAUUUAAACUAAGCACAUUGCUGCUGCCUUCAGCCUGUUUUAGCUGUCAGUAUUAAAUCACUCCAUCUGCUCUGCCUAGUUUUAAUUGAGUGCAGAAAGUCUUUCUGCAGGGAUGUGGACAUGCAGGUUCAUGUAACACUUUCAUGGUUCCUUUCUCAGUUUUUAUAGAGCUGCAGUGCUAUAGUUUUGCUGUUAUAACAUUCUGCCUUUUUGUGUCUAUGGAAAUUUUGCUUCAAUAUAAAACAUACAUUUGCAUUAGUAAAUCCUUGAACCUGAAAUUGAUGCUAAAUGGUUGAUUGUGUGAACUCUUAAAAAGACUGUUAUUUUCAUUGUAGUUCUACUUGUAAAGAAGACACACUUUCCAGUCAAUUGUCUAACAGCUGAGAAAGUUUCAAAUAUGACAGGCUCUGCAUUGCCUGUAGUUUCCAUUCUGCACACCAGAGGGCAACCUCAGUUAACAUUUUGAGUGCCUCAAAUCCAAAAUGUGAAGACUUUGUUCAGUGAAUGUUGUAACACAUCAUGUGAUCCAUUUGAACUACUAAUGUGUGAGGAGUAAUGAUUCAUAAUCAUUUAAAAUAAAUUAUUGUACAUUUUAAA